GUUGUUUUAUAUUGUUUCUUUUCUUUUUUUUUUAAAUAAUUUGUUGCUGCUAUUGCUAUCAUUAUUAUCUUAUAGUUGUUGCUGGUUGAUUGGUUCUACUAGACUCGUGCGCGCGGCUUGCUUUCAUGAUUUUCUUUAAUGACCAAUUGCAGUAGGUAAUAAUUGUAGGGGUGAGAGAGAGAGAUAUAUAGGCAUGCCUUUGCGGCCGAUUUUCCUUGGGAUGAUUUUGGGGUUAUGCAUCGAUCGUUUGCGAGCACGGGUCGAGAGGGGGCGCUGACAUCGGAUGGAUCGAUAAUAAACGGGGGUGGUUUUUCAGCCCGUCACCCGUCACGCCUGCCGCACCGAGCGUCCGCUCGGAUUUGAUUGACACCGCAGUUCCAUUCUUUCGAUACUCUUUUUUUUUCCACUCUCUCUCUCUCUCUUUGUUCCUCUCGUCAAUUACUACCACCACCGUAUUCUUGGAAUACGCCCAAAAUUAACGCGUUUAUGUAAUCGUCGGUGUCUCGUCGUGCAAAAAUUCGUUGCGUUGGUGCGAAAGAGAUGCGAAGCUGAAUAAUCUUACUCUUCUUCAUCUGUCUUUUUUUUAAUUCUUGGUAUUCGUGAUAGUACGUUUUCUGCGGGUGGUGACGCGGAGGCAUGCGCGUGUCUUGAGUUCCUCCUCCUCCUACUCCACCGUCGCCGACGCCGCCGUCGCGAUCAGCUGUCCACGACGUCGUCGGUGUCUCGGUUUACGUGUUUUGGUGCGGUGAUCGGUCCGUGACGCGCCUAAGUUGUUAGGCAAUCGGCCUGGCACUAAUUUCAAACAAACCUAAAAUAUAGCAGCAUCAAAUCACAUUUUGCGGAUGGAAUAGAAAAGGGCUAAGAAAUCGAGCUGGGAGGGACACUUGGACUCGACCGAUCAAAAUAACAACAUCACGAUGACGUCCGAGGACCUCCUGCAGCCCGGCCACGUCGUCAAGGAGCGAUGGAAGGUUGUGAAGAAGAUCGGAGGCGGCGGUUUCGGCGAGAUUUACGAGGGUUUGGAUCUGAUAACACGAGAACAGGUGGCUCUGAAAGUGGAGUCGGCGCGACAGCCUAAGCAGGUGCUGAAGAUGGAGGUGGCCGUGCUGAAGAAGCUGCAGGGUAAAGAGCACGUCUGUCGCUUCAUCGGAUGCGGCCGCAACGACCGCUUCAACUACGUGGUGAUGCAACUGCAGGGUCGUAAUCUAGCGGAACUUCGGAGGGCGCAACCGAGGGCCGCCUUCAGUCUCUCCACCACGCUGCGCCUCGGCCUGCAGAUACUCAAGGCCAUCGAGUCCAUCCACUCGGUCGGCUUCCUCCAUCGGGACAUCAAACCGAGCAACUUCUCCAUGGGCCGUUUGCCGUACAACUGCAGACGCGUCUACAUGCUGGACUUUGGAUUGGCCAGACAAUACACGACGAGCACGGGGGAGGUGAGGGCACCGAGAGCGGCCGCAGGAUUCCGCGGCACCGUCCGAUACGCCAGCAUCAACGCCCACAGGAACAGAGAGAUGGGUCGACACGACGAUCUUUGGAGUCUGUUUUAUAUGCUCGUGGAGUUCGUGAAUGGACAACUGCCGUGGAGGAAAGUGAAAGACAAAGAACAAGUCGGAUUGAUGAAAGAGAAGUACGAUCAUCGGCUUCUCCUCAAACACCUGCCGUCCGAUCUGAAGCAGUUCCUAGACCACAUCCAGGCCUUGGAGUACGCAGACAGACCUGAUUAUACGAUGUUGAUAUCGUUGUUCGAGCGUUGCAUGAAGAGAAGGGGCGUGAAAGAAUCUGAUCCGUACGAUUGGGAGAAGGCUUCCACCGGUGAUACGACAGCCAAUGUGCCGCCUCCAAACAACACGACGACUCCCGCCCCCGGAGCAGGACAUCCGCCCACCGCCCCAAGCACGCUGCAGCGGUACAACGCCCGUCGUCACACCACCGCCACCGACAACAACCAAGAGAACAUCGAGCCAACGGAUAACAAGGAGGCCCAGAUGGACGCGCGGCGGAAGCACAUCGAGGCGGAGAACACGGCGCCCCUCGUCGCCGAUACCACUCAAACAAAUGCCUCGAGACCGACGGUCGACAAGAACUGCAACGCAACUGCCGCCAGCGAACAAGUUCAACAAGUUCCUAAACGCAGAGCGACGUCUCAUUUGGAGCAACCUCCGGAGAAGUUGGACAACGAGGCGGCCGCCUCCGCCAGAUCCUCGUCAGAUGCGAACGCCAAACCGGCGCCGCUGCGCAAGAGCCAGUCGGGUGUCGCGACGCUCGGCAGAUUGCGAGUCGCGCCAUCCCCUCAGCAAGGUGGAAGCGUCGUGGAGGCUCCCGCAACACCGGAGCAGGAGAGACCGAGGAGGCGACAACCGUCGGCGGCGAGGAGUUCGCGGUCGGGCGUUCGCGAUCAGAGUUUGACGCAGUUCGCGGUGAUGGACGACGAGAACGUCAGCCAACAGGUGACGAGGGGUGGAGCGCUUACGCUCGCCAGCCAAUGGAAAUCGCAGUUCGACGAUAGCGAGGAGACGACGGACAAUGAGUGGAAGCCGGAAAGUCCGGAGCACAGAUGCGGCGGUGCGACAGGAGGAGGAGGUGGUGGUGUUGGGGUCAGCACGUUGGCGGUGGGAGCGUCGGAGGCGGCCGCCGUUCCACCAGCUCUCAGCAGGAUCAGCGAAGAUUCUCGCACCAGCCAUAAAAAGUACAUCAACAUCGCCGGUAUCGAGGACUACCCCGAAUUAGUCGGUGGUUUACCACGAGCAUGGUCAACACCCUCUCUGUCACCAUUUGUGCGCGUCGGGUUGAAGCCUCCGCUCCUCCAGCAAGCCGCAUUCGAUGACCUCAUCUUCCGGGUGGACGUGAUGCGAAACGUCGCAUCGCGCCACCAUCAAUCCGAGGAGGCCGCAUCGGCAGCGGCUUCGACGAUGACGACACGUCCCGUCGUCGCGCCUAUCGUCGUGCCGCCGAGGAGAUGGGGCAGCAUGCCGACGAUUCCUCUGAACGAUAAGGAAAGUUUCAAAAGCAAUGAGGACGACGAGAACGAACCGGAGGGUUUGCAAGAGGUUGCGGGAAAGUUGGAGAUUCGCGUUGUAGCGAAGGAGGUGCAGAGACCGCAGACCUUGGAGAACGGAGUGGGCGAAGGAAAGACUCCUACAGGAUCGGAGGCUGUGUCUCAGCAGGGUUCGCCGAGGAUAAAGUUGGAGCGCACGAAGAGCAUCCUGAAGCAGGGAAGCAAAGAGAGGCAGGAUAACGGUGAUCAAGCGCCGCAGCUGCAGAGCCCCAAGCGGGAGGCGAUCAGCUUCGCGCCGGAGUACGAGUUGGAGAAACACACGCAGGAGAAGAAGCGAUUGGAGAAGCGAGUGAGUUUGGAGAAGCCGCCGUCGCCGCCACCUCAACCCGCCGCCGUCGCUAACGAUGAUGGUGAUGAUGAGGAGGAGGAGGAGGACGAGGAGGAUGACGAUGACGAGGAGGAUGAAGAAGAGGAUGAGGUGUUGCAAGUGGAGAAGACGGAGGAGAUGCGUCGUAUGCCGAUAAAGGUUGAGUCUCUGAUUAACGAAGAGGAGAAGAGGAAGCGAAGACUGGAAGGAGCCGGCGGCGGCGGUGAAGCCAACGCGCUUGGAUGCGGCGGGAUUCUGGAUGCGCUGAGGGCCGCCCAGAAGGCUAAACUCAGGAAUAAUCUGGACGCACAAAACAGAUCCGAAAGCAGUUCAUCGCGUUCGGAUAGUAGAGCGCGCGUCCACCAUCUGGAGCGGAAACCCGGGUCGGAGAAUAUCCGAGCGGACACCACCACCACCCAGCAGCAUCAGCCUCACUGCAGUCCAUCCAUCGAUCUGACUUCCAAUCCGAACGUGACGUUCGUGUCGGCGAACAGCGUUCUGGAGCCAAGUAAAUGUAGGAAAUCGGUGGCCAACGGUCUGAGUCCUGGAAUGGAUGAGCAGUCCGAGUACUUCGAUGCCACGGAGAACCCGCUGCUGCGUGAUAAGAAGUUGGAGCAGGACGACGAGGACAGCGGCGUAGACAAUGUUAGCCAAAUACUUAGGGAAACUUCGACAAGUCCAGCGCUUGAAGGGAAAUCUCGGAUUCCGGUGGCGGUGGGAAGCGGUCAAAGGUUGGCCAAAUGCAUGUCGUGGUCUGGUGAUCUCACGCCCGGUCUGCGGAGAAGACGUCAGACGGAAAAGUACGUGACGGAUCCGAGCCAGCUCAAUCUGCGCUUCAAGAGACACUCGACCGCCGGUCCAGGAGGUGAGCAACCUCCCUGCAAAGAGACAAGUUGCUCAGAAACAACCACAACAACCAACACCACCACCACCACAACCACUUCUUCCACGUGCACCGCGUCCACACAGGAAGGAGUGAGAGCGAACCGCGGAGUGCCGACGUACUUGAUCGGAGCUGCGGAAAGUUCGCCGGACACGUCGGAAGGACCGCCACCUCCGCCACCCCCGGAAGGUGAACCACCGCAGGAGUCGAACGUGCGCUGCAGGCGUUUCCGGCCGGUGACGUAGUGACAUCCGCCGGAAACAGCCGUCAACCACCACGAAACCACACCGAUAUUAUUCUAUACCACAACCAUCACCGCCACCACCACCGCCGCCAGCAUCUCCUUCGUAGGGAAAGCAAGUGGAUGGGAUGUUGGGAGGAGGAGGAAGUAAUCAGACGCGAGUAAAUUUUAGGGCGGAUGCGCCGGGUUUAAAUAAAUAAUAAUAAUAAUAAUUACUAAGAUUUGCUGAAAACCGCUAAAUGUUGUGAAACGGAGACGGAACGAGAGAAAGCAAAAGAGAGAGAGAGUGAAGGGUUUUGCGUGCGUGCGUGUCUGUGUGUGUGUAUAUAUAUAUACAAGAAAUUAUGAAAUAAUAAUAAUAUUAAUAUAUUCGCUUGAAAGAAGGAGGGCGGCGUGUAGUAAACACGUACGGCCGUUUCUUUCGUUUACGGAAAAUCUCGAAAUUAGUUACAAUUUUUUUUUAUUAAACCGCGACGAAAAUCAAAGUUCUUUUUCUUUGUUAUUAUCUUUAAUUUGGCUUUUCGCGUCUUCGGAAGUAAAAAAAAGAUGAAAGAGCAAAAGCUUGACGGGAGGAAUGAAUUCUAAAUACGUUCGUCGGAUCCGGUCACAUUUCGUUUAACCCUCUCUAAUUUUUGUUUACUCUCUCCUUCUCGACUUAUUUACUUAAUGUCUAGUGAGCGCGCGAUUUUCGACACGCGCUACGCAACUAAUCAUAAACAAAAACAAACAAACAAACAAACAAAAAAAAAGAGCAAAUGAAGGGAAAAAGGAAAAUGAAAAUAAAAAUAUGUGAUCAAUAUUAUUAUUCUGUGUGUAUGUUUUUUGAAAAGUGUGAUUGCGAGUGUGGAUGGAUGGAUGGAUGGAUGGAUGAGAGGAUGAGAGGAGCCCAAACGACAAGAGGUUCCAGGAGGAUAAAUCGAGCAAUUUAAGGAAGAAGAGAAGAUGAAAACAAGCAGAGAACAAUAAAAUAUCGAAGAACAAA